AUGGAUUCCGAGCAAUUUAAGCAACUCCUAGAGCACCAGACAACUCUAAUCACAGCGCUGUUGAAAGGGGCUAAUAAUCAAGCAGCACAGAAUCAGGUGCAGGGCCAUGCAUCGAUACAUCAACCGAGUGCCUCUAAUGUACAAGUACCUCAGCCGUCGCCGUUAAUGCUGGAUGGUGAUAUGCGGGACAAUUUCGAGUUCUUUGAGAGAAACUGGAAAGAUUACGCAAAGGCCAUCGGAAUGGAUCGAUGGCCACGGGAAGAGAAUGAACAAAAAGUCAGCUUUCUGCUGUCAGUGAUCGGAGAGCCGGCGCGUAAAAAAUACUUCAACUUUGAGUUGACUGAGGCGGAGAAGGCAAAUCCAGAAACCGCGUUAGAAGCGAUUCGCAAGAAGGUGAUCGUAAAGCGAAAUGUCGUUGUGGAUCGAUUGGAUUUUUUUUCUGCUGUCCAAAGUUCACAAGAAUCCAUCGAUGAAUAUGCGUCUCGACUUAAGACCCUUGCUAAAACAGCGAAGCUUGAGCAGCUUGAGACGGACCUGAUUGCAUUUAAAGUCAUUACAUCUAACAAAUGGUCUAAUAUGAGAGCCAAGCUUCUCGCUAUUGAGGAUAUUACUUUGACGAAGGCAGUAGACAUGUGCCGAGCAGAAGAAAUUACAGCAAUGCGCUCGCAGGAUCUCGUCAUCCGGAAAGCAGAAAUGGAAGUGAAUAAGGUAAAAUCCAAGUAUCGUUCUCGAAAGCAGGAACAACGCUGCAAGUUUUGUGGUGACGCCCACGAGUUCACCAAAGGCUCAUGUCCGGCUUUUGGAAAGCGAUGCCAUCGUUGUAAAGGAAAAAAUCAUUUUGAGCGUGUUUGCAAACUUGGAUCAAGCAAAUCUAAAACCAGGAAAUUCAAGAAAGUGAAGAAAAUUAAGGACGGAAGUAGUGAAUCCGAAGAAGAAUCAUCAACGUGUAACGAAGCCUCAUCGGAAGACAGUGAUGACGAAUGUGAAAUUGGGAAAAUCGUCGAUAAUUCCAAUAAAGGUGGUAGCGUAUUAGCGCAAUUGAAUCUUAAAUUCAGCGAUGAAUGGACGAAAGUUGAAUGCGAAUUGGAUACUGGAGCCAAUACGAGCUUGAUUGGACGUGAAUGGCUAGACAAGCUUAGUGGAACGACGAAGGUGGAUAUUUUACCAUCAAAACUGCGACUUCAAAGCUUUGGAGGGAAUCCAAUAAAGGUACUGGGACAGGUAAAGAUUCCAUGUCAUCGGAAAGGACGUCGAUUCCGACUGGUUCUGCAGGUGGUGGAUGUUAACCAUCGCCCGCUAUUGUCAGCAAAGGCAUCUCGAAUGUUGGGAUUCGUGAAGUUUUGCAAGUCAGUAACGUUCAGCAAGACUGACUCAACCAAUUCGGAGCACAACACACUGAAUGUCUAUAGGAUCAAAGCACAAAAGAUAGUUGAAGAGUAUCACACACUCUUUCAGGGAUACGGUAAAUUCACUGGAACAGUAUCGUUGGAAGUUGAUGAAACAAUACAACCAUCAAUUCAACCACCACGUCGCGUGCCGAUUGCUAUGAGGGAAAAGCUGAAGAAGGAGCUCAAACAACUAGAAACGGAUGGUUUGAUCGUAAAAGAAGUCAUGCAUACAGAAUGGGUUAGCAAUAUUGUCGUGGUUCAGCGUGGUGAUUCGGAAUCUCGUAACAUUAGAAUUUGUCUCGAUCCAAUUCCUCUCAACAAAGCAAUCAAGAGGCCGCACCUACAAUUCAACACACUCGAUGAAAUUCUGCCGGAGUUAGGAAAAGCUAAAAUUUUCUCUACUAUGGAUGCUAAAAAAGGGUUUUGGCAUGUUGAAUUGGAUGAGCCAAGCAGCAAACUCACGACGUUCUGGACACCUUUCGGAAGAUACCGAUGGACCCGAUUACCAUUCGGUAUUUCAUCGGCGCCAGAAAUAUUUCAAAUGAAACUGCAAGAGGUAAUCCAGGGCCUCGAAGGAGUCGAAUGCUUGGCAGAUGACCUGCUAGUUUUUGGAGUUGGUGAUAGUCUCGAAGAUGCACUCAUCAAUCACAAUAAGUGUUUGCUUAAUCUAUUUCGUCGCCUCAAUGAACGUGAAACUUAA